UUAAUUCCGAAAUCUGGACUCUAAACAAUCAUAAAUACUGAAGAGAUUUACGAAUUAUAAAUAAAUAAUCGCUUGAAAAUUGUGUACUGGCAUAGGACCAGCGAUAUAUCUGUGAAAUUUUGUGUGAAAAUAUUUAAGGAAUUAAUUAAGGAAUGUCAAAUUGACCUAAUAACAUAUCAGUUAAUGUGCGAAAACAAGAACGCCAGAGGAAGAAAUGAAAGCAUUGCGCGACUGGUCUACGGACAAUACGUGCAUGUUAUCUUUAAGGAAUAAUGCGUCAUUAAUGUGACUGGUGUUAAAUGAAAUACUAUUUUUAAAAUCGUGGAUAUGAGCAAUGAAUUGGAGAGAGAUGACAAAAGAUAUUUUAGUUCAUACUUAAGUAGCAAAAUCAGCUUCAAGCAACGAUUUGUUGAUCGAGAUACUGUAUAAACAACAGAAAUCAAUUAAGACACGUUACUAGUUUAUAAUAAAUAUCAUUUUAUUGUGUUCAGAGACUUUUCAACAUUUUUUUAAAAUGGCGUUCCUUUGUCCAAGUAGGCUUGGUCGGAAUAAGCAUAAAAGAGGUUACCAAAGCAUGAUGAGGAGAUUGACAGAGGGUGAUAGAUUAGACACUUUAACGCUUGAAGAUCUUGUAAAGUUAAGCUGGACAACUCCAGAAUCUCGUCGAAUUAUUAUGCAGAAUUUUAAUUCUUGUGAGUCACAAGAAAUUAAUGUCAAACAAGGUCAAAAGGUCAACUACAUUUACAGAGAAGGGGAUUGGGCAUACAUUGUUACAGACGACAAAAAGGAAGGAUUCGUCCCUUUUAUAUUUCUGGCAAAGAUUGGGGUGCCUCCUAACCCAACAAGAAAUGCUAUAGACACAGGAACUUAUACAAAAAGAUGUAGUGAGUUGAAUCCUCGUAACUUUUCUGUUGAAAGUGAAGAAACUGAUCAUAGCGGAAGCGACCUAGCAGACGACACAUUCACUUCCCCGGGAUGGUCAACUGAUUCGGGAUCAGUUACUACAGUACAAGAUUAUCCGUCAGUAAAUUUUCUAAAGACAGAACCGUUCGAAAAAGUUCCAAUGUUUUAUGAAGUGUUUUUGGAUGAAAGGACAAAUAUAUUGCAUAAAAAUCCGUUACCGUCACCAGGAAGAAGUGACGACAAUGAAAUCCCUGAUAAUAACAACAACCAACGUCUUCUUCAAUUCAAAGUGCUGUUUAACUUUGCAGGUUUAGACUUGUACGAUGUGUCCGUAAAACCUGGUGAAAUAGUGGAUCUAUUAGAUGACAGUGAUCCUGGUUGGUUUUUGGUACGAAGAUCAGAUGGUUAUGAAGGCUACGUGCCAAGUAACUAUAUCACCCAACUAACUGAACAACACACACGAGACUUUGAAAAUAGUGAUAACGAAGCGUUAGAAAGCAGACGAGUCAAUGGUCAUGAGAAAAGUCCGGUUAAUAAAACUAAAGCAGAUCAAAAUGAAAUUCCGAAAAGUUGGAAAAUCACAAAUGACCUAAAGGGGAAAAGUCCCAUCACAACAGCUAACGACAUAACUGAUGAAGCAAAUAAACAAAAGAAACAAAGACCGAAGAAACCACCUAGAAAAAAGAAAGCAAGUUUGGAUGGUUUGUCUCCAAGGCUGGACGAAUCGGUAGAUUCAAUAGACACUUUUCUAUCAGAGAGCAGUGCAGAAUAUCUAGACAAUGCUGCUAAAUCACCCUUAGACGAAUUAUCUCCAAGAUCAGACGAUUACAGCGAUUCAUCCAUUUUUGAAAGCAGUUUUAACGGUAUCUAUGGUUACAGGCAAUGUGCUCGUGGCUUGUCAGACAUGGAGUUAUCACCAAGAUCUUUGAAUGUGCAAUCCUACGACGGUAGUACGUCUGAUGAAAAGUCUGUAAGGAAAGGGAAUGAAAGACUAGAAGGCCAAACGUCUUUAGAAGAAAGAGGAGGUAACAUUAAAAAUGCAAGUAGAAAUAGGAGAGAAACUCAAGAAUCCAACUGCUAUGGAAGAAACUUUUCUUGUGAAACGAGUGACUCUUUUGAAAGUAGAUCUAGUUAUGGACGAAGACAAAAACGCCCAGUGUCGAUGCCGGCCUUUAGUUCAUAUCAGGAAUGUAAGAAAGAUUAUUAUGAUGAAUAUUUCUAUGACGAUGCUGAUACAAAAUUUGCUAACAAAUCAAAACACGACGUUAUCAAUGUAGCUGAAAUUCUACGGAUGCGAAAUGCUAAUAAAAACAAGAAAACGGAGCAUUCACAUCUGAAACAGAGAAACAUCGAAAAGAAUUCUGAAAAAUAUCAUCAGAUAAGAAAAUCAUCGUCUGCAGCGGAGUCAAAAGAUCGUAAUAGACAGUGUAGCAAUAGAGCAAAAAACUCUCAAAACCAACCGAAAUUAAAACAGUUCUUAUUGGAUUUGCCUUUAAAUAAGAUGGAAAAGCAAAAUAUAAAAACGAAUCGCCAAUGUAGUGAGAAAAAUGAUGCUAUAAAUGUAAACUACAAGGUGGAAACGAGUGAACAUAAUCAUUCUUCAAAGAAUUUGCAGAAACAUAACAAUGCAAGAAGCAUGAAUGAGUUCUUUGGAAAAGAUGUGAAGUACAAAAGUCCUGAAACGACUGAUUUUCAUCAGAAACUUGUUAAAGGAAAACCAAAGGACAACCAGUCAAGAAAAUAUAAUUCAUCAUCUGAUUUACGACAAGUAGAAACAAAACAUUCAGUAGCGAAUACAGAUUACGGAUUAGAUAAUGAAUUAGGCAAUGUGUCUAUAAAGAAUAAUAAAGAGAAUAAAAAAACUCAUAUACGACCAUACAAUUCUUCAACUGACUUGCGAGAGAUUGGUGGAAAGCCUGAUUGGUCAUUUGGGUAUCCUAGGAGAACUAAACAAAGUAUAGGCAGACAAGAAAAUAGAGGACCAUCUGGUGCAUUAACAAAUGAUACCAGAAGAGGCACAAAAAGCAGUGAAAACAGCAAUGGAGCAGACGAUGGAUUGGACCAAGGUAUUGCAUUAAAAAACAACAGAGAUCUUUACAACUUAAGACAGAAUCCUGAAUCAAGAACGGUGGGUGGUAUAGUUAAAACACAGCAAGACGAUGACAAUGAAGUAUUUUAUAAUGAAAAUGAAGAUGUAUGUUUUGAUGACGGGGCAAUGAUGGCAUUAUUAAAUCAAACAGAUAACCUACUUAACAAGACAGACAGACUCCUGCAUCGUGAUAAAAACGAUAGAACUCACAAACAAGAGGUUAACUGUUUGGCUAAUCAAAAUAAUCCAAAGAUAGACAAGCACCACAAAGAAAUACAUAGAAAUGAUAAUAAUGUAAUAAAAGACACUAAAAGUUGCUCCACAUUACACCAUUCAGAAGCUGAAACAGAUGCUGUUAAUAAAUGUAAUCUUUUUCUUAAUAAUAGUACAAUUGGUAUACAUGGUAUGACAUACUCUAUCACCGAAACUAAUAGUGAAAAUGUUUCCACGGACAAUAUAGAUGGGAAGAUAAAUUCUGAAAUCCAGCGUUGUUCUUUACAAAGUUGUCAAAGUGUGGACAGUGACUCUAGAAAAGAGAAAAGUAAUGUUAUGAAAGAUAAUUCAAGCAAAGUGGUGUCUGCUGAAAUUAAAUCCAUGGAUCUGCAUGACAUCAGGGGUAUAACAGAGUUUGUGUGUCAGUGUGACUGUGAUAAUGACAAUGACAAUAUGUUGCCAAUAAAAUAUGGGGAAAUUAUCCAUAUUGGUCUUGAUGGUCAAGGUGAUGGAGACAAGUACUGGGCCUAUAGCCCUACACUUAAAAAGUAUGGAUUUGUACAUAAACAAAAUGUUAAAAUACCUAUGGUUACCAUUAUAUAAAUUCAUAAAAUAUUCACCUUUGCAUCAAACCACUCAUGUCAUCAAAUCAUCAUUAUAAAAGUAAAACUCAGGAAUUUGAACUGUUGUUUCUCAUUUUAUUAAAGAUAAUUUCGUAUUUAUACAAAUUGUCAAUUAGAAUACUUUCUGAAAUUGAUUGACAAUUGCUAUACUCUCAUCUUUUUUGUUUUUAAGAUGGUUUUGUUCUUAAAGUCUCAAGUAUUGAAAUAUAGAUUAUUAAUAAACAUUGGCGGAAAAUAACAACCAAUUGAAGGCCAACAAGCACAUUCAUUGACUAUAUCUACAAAUGUCUUGAAUGGUGCCCCAUGGUAUUAUUAUGUACCUCAAAAUUAAAUAAAGAAUUAUGUACCUCAAAAUUGGAGUGAAAAUUAUGUACCUCAAAAUUUGAGUGAAAAUUAUGUACCUCAGAAUUGGAGUGAAAGUUAUGUACAUGUACCUCAGAACUGGAGUGAAAGUUAUGUACAUGUACCUCAGAAUUGGAGUGAAAGUUAUGUACAUGUACCUCAGAAUAAGGGUAAAAAAAUAAUUUUGUUUCUUUGCUAACAAUGAUAAAGUGCACAUUUUGAGUCAAGCAAAACUGCUCUGGAAGUAAACAACAUCCUUUUUAGAUAUUUU